UCGAUGCAGAGGCUGCUCGCGCGUCACCUAAUGGCAACCAGCGCGCGAGAGGCUGUGUGUGCCUUCCCGAGGGAGACAGAAAAUCGUGUAUAAUUUGGGAUUAAAGUCGUAUAUUUCGUAUCGUUUGGAAUAUUUAUGAUUAUUUGAGAUUUCCUGCACCGAAUGGAUGAGUUAAUGAUGGCUCCCCGUGUCCGGAUUUCCUUUCUGUUCCUCUAUGUUGCGGCGUUGAGCUCUGUGGUACAUGCCAGCAUCCCCCUGCCUCAUUAUGGAAACGCCUUGGUAAAGACGAGGGCUCGCCGUGAUGACGGCAGGUUACUCGGUAUAGACAACACGGUACCGGUCCGGUUAGUGUACCGAAUGGACGGAGACAGUCAGACCGCUCAUGAUGUCCUGAACACGUGGGUUCGAAUGGGUUCUGACAGUAAACAGAACCAUGCGGCCCAGGCUAGCUUCCAGAUGCAGGCUUUUGGCCAGACCUUCAUUUUAGAUGUGGAACUGAACCAUGAUCUUCUAUCAUCAAAUUACAUUGAGAGGCACAUAUCAGAGGAGGGGAAGUCAGUCGUCACCAAAGGUGGAGAACACUGUUAUUACCAUGGGAAAGUACGUGAUAUUCCGAAGUCAUAUGUGGCACUUUCAACUUGCCAUGGAUUACAUGGAAUGUUCUUUGAUGGGAAUCACACAUACAUGAUUGAACCGGGAGGAGAGAAUACAAAGAGUGAGGAGGGUCCUGUGCACAUGAUUUAUCAAUCUCCUGGUUUGGACCCCCCAGAGGGCUUUAUUUCAGCAGUUCCUCUGGCAGAGUCGCCAUUUCAGAACCCUCCACUGUCAAGUGCAGCUCACAAAAGGAAAAAGCGGCAGACAUCUCAGAAUCCACAGAGUAUUGCAGAUGAGACCAAAUAUAUUGAGCUGAUGGUUAUAAAUGAUCAUUUUAUGUACAAGAAGCAUCGUCUUUCCGUUGGACAAACAAAUAACUAUGCCAAGUCAGUUGUUAAUAUGGCUGAUCUGUACUUCAAAGAGCAACUCAACACUAGAAUUGUCUUGGUUGCUAUGGAAACAUGGGCAGCAGACAAUAGGUUUAACAUCAACGAUGACCCCAUGGUAACGUUGCGAGAGUUUAUGAAGUACCGAAGAGACUUUAUCAAAGAAAAGAGUGACUCCGUUCACCUCUUCUCGGGCAACCGUUUCCAUAGCAACUGGGGAGGAGCCUCUUAUAUGGGUGGAGUCUGCUCACUAACUAAAGGAGGCGGAGUCAAUGAGUAUGGAAAGACUGAGGAAAUGGCCAUAACUCUCGCACAGUCACUGGGACAAAACAUCGGCAUCUUUUCUGAUAAGAAGCGUAUUUUAAAUGAGCAGUGCAAGUGUGAAGAUAAAUGGUCUGGCUGCAUAAUGGAUGAUGUUGGCUUCUACUUGCCCAGGAGAUUUUCUGACUGUAAUGUGGAAGAGUACCAUGAUUUCCUCAAUAGCGGAGGUGGUGCUUGUCUCUUUAACAAACCCUCAAAGCUCUUGGAUCCUCCAGAGUGUGGUAAUGGUUUUGUGGAGGCAGGGGAGGAGUGUGACUGUGGAAACCCAGCUGAGUGUGCUAGAGAAGGAGAGGAUUGCUGUAAGAAAUGCAUGUUGACUCAGGGAGCCAAAUGCAGUGAUGGUCUUUGCUGUAAGAACUGCCAGCUGGCGUUUAUGGGUGUCCUAUGUCGUGAGGCAGUCAAUGACUGUGACAUACCUGAAAUGUGCACUGGGAACUCAAGCCAGUGUCCUCCAAACCUACACAAGAUGGAUGGAUACACCUGUGAGAAAGACCAGGGACGGUGUUUCAAUGGCAGGUGUAAAACCAAGGACAGGCAGUGCAAGUACCUAUGGGGAGAGAAAGCAACAUCGGCUGAUAAGUUCUGCUAUGAGAAACUCAACAUUGAGGGCACAGAGAAGGGCAACUGCGGACGUGACAAAGACACCUGGAUUCAGUGCAAAAAACAGGAUGUACACUGUGGAUAUCUGCUGUGCUCCAACAUUUCUCCAGCCCCUAGACUAGGAGAGUUACAGGGAGGUUUGACCUCUUUCUCUGUGGCUCAGCACAGCGCCUCAGUGGACUGCAGUGGAGGACAUGUGCUGAUUGAUGGAGACUCUGAUCUGGGUUAUGUGGAAGACGGAACUGCGUGUGGGACAGAUCGGAUCUGCUUCAACCAUAAAUGCCUCCCAGUGCAGGAAUUCAACUUCAGCACGUGUCCCGGCACUAACGACAGGGUGAUCUGCUCAGGACAUGGGGUGUGCAGUAACGAGCUCAGGUGUGUGUGUGAUCUGGGCUGGGCUGGCGAAGACUGCAAUUCCACCUCUCCUUUAAGUUACCUGCUGGUGCGACCCACAGCCAACACAUCAGGCAUUAUGACUACUAACAUUAUCAUCGGGGCCGUUACGGGCUCUAUCCUGGUCCUCGCACUAAUUCUAGGCAUUUCCGCAUGGGGAUACAAGAGCUACAGACAGCGUCAGAAUGUUGAAUCUGAUGUACACAGAAGAUUCUGUCGGCAAAUGCCACCGGGUGAUUACGUGAAGAAGCCAGGAGAUGCUGAUUCUCUCUACAGUGACAUGCCGCAAGGUGUGAGCUCCAACUCCGGCAGCAGCUCCAAGAAGAGGUCUGCUUACCUGUCUCACUUCCAAAUCAACACUCGCUCUUUCACCCCAUCUAUCCCCUCCAUCAGCCAAAACAUCUCUUUGUUCGGCUUCAGAUCUAACGGCAUGUCACACUCUUGGAGUGAAAGAAUCCCGGAUGCCAAGCACAUCUCUGACGUCUGUGAAAACGGACGACCCAGGAGCAACUCGUGGCAAGGAAACAUCACCGGUACCCGUAAGAAGCUCAAGGGAAAGAAGUUCCGUCCACGUUCCAACUCCACAGAGUAUUUAACCCAUUGCAUUAAAUCAGAGUAUUAUGUAACUAAAUGGGUAGAAGAUGUUAAUAAAAACACUGAAGGACCUUAUAUUAGGACGCUGUCACCAGCCAAAUCACCCACUUCUUCAACAGGCUCCAUUGCCUCUAGCCGGAGAUACCCCUAUCCCAUGCCUCCACUCCCAGAUGAGGAGAGGAAGGCCAACAGACAAAGUGCCAGGCUGUGGGAAACAUCAAUAUAAAAGAACUCCUCAAAACUGGUCUGCAAAAUUCAGUAAGGAUUUUCAUCUGCUUUUGUAUGAAUGAGAAAAUAAAACCAAAAAGAAAAUACAAAAUUAAAAUGGAGAAACAGAAAAAAAGGG